UAGACCUCUUGAAGUUUAAGAACUAUCCGCGCUCGUAGCCCGUUAUCUCUUUCCUCUUGCGUAAGAUUCUUCACCUCAAGACCUUGCUCAUGGCGCCGCUCGAGCGUUACGAUUGGAUCGCUAUCGUAAUAAAAGUAAAACGUGACGGACCACCUGAUCUGACAGUCGCAUGCGGCGAGGUGAAAAUUAAUGUCCAUAAAGGGAUUGUUAGCAAGGAAUGCGAGUUUUUCAAGAAGGCUUGUGGCGGUGAAUCCCAGGGAACCAUUGACAAGAUUAUCAGACUCGAUGACGACCCAGUGAAUGCUGUCAUGGCUACGAUCGAAUAUAUGUACACUGGACAGUAUGGAAAUACAUUGAGCAGAGGUUUUUCCCCACAUAACGACGAUCAUCAAAUCGAUACUGCCAUCCAGGUGUGCGCAAUCGCAAAGAAAUAUAAUAUACCAGGGCUACUCGAAGUAGCUGUAUUUUCAUUCAGGUGUCACGUAGACAAUAUGUGGUGGCCUCCCAUGGACUACCGCGAUAAGAUCAGAGAGAUCUAUGGAUCCUCGAACAGCUCUUCUGCUGACCUCCAACAGUCUGUUGUCGUCUCUGCUUACCGGAUGUUAAAGAGACUACUUCCGAAGGAUGGGUUCGAGAGAUUUCUCUGGGAUCAAGGCCGGUUCACGACAGAUAUUCUGCUACAUUCACAGCUUAAGCAUAUAUCUCGAAAAGAUAUCUACCAGAGGCUACGGAGGUGCCCGAAGUGUGCAGAAGGUAUUGGUAUCGAUCUCAAGCCCAAUUCAGGAUAUAAGUGCCCUGAUUGCGGAAAAGACUCAAAUGGUUCCUUGUGGGUCCCAAUACGUCUUUUCGCCACUAUGUUAUAAUGGUGAGAUGCGCGGCUCCAUGGUAUGGAGAACAGGAAAUUAUCAAGUCUCAAGCAAGCUCCAAUCAUCCCAUAAAUAUAUAUACGCUUUCAACAAACUCUG